AUGGAUGAUACCGUAGAAACAUCUGAACAAAGUGGAGAAUCAAGUCGGCGGAAGAGGGUGAAACAAGUUGCUCCCAAAGGGAUUCCAAACGUUCGUUGGAAACCUCAAUGGUCAAAGUCAUUAAUGUUAUUUUUAAUAGAACAAGUACGUGGUGGAUACAAAGUUGACAAGGGAUUCAAAGCUCCCGUUUAUAUUGCUGCAGCAAAGCAUAUCAAUGAAGAAUUUGGAAUCAACAUUUCAGAUAAUAACGCUUACAAUCAUUGGAGGACCCUAAAAACAAGGUGGGUUAGAAUUCAAAGGCUAAAGGAGUUGAGUGGAGUUGGAUGGGAUGAAGAAAACAAAGUCAUCCAAAUGGGUGAAGAGGAAUAUUCUACAUAUAUCGAGGCAAAUCCAAAGGACGAACCGUUCAUUAAUAAACCUAUCCAGUUCUAUGAAGAAAUGAGUUUGAUAUGCGGCAACGAUCACGCAACGGGGAAGUACACCGUUGAUACUCACCAGCCUAUUGGAUUAGAAGACAUUGAGGAAGUAAUGGAGGAUGGCACUGAAACUAAUGACAUGAUGGAAGAUAUGGAUAUGAUUGGCCGUAUUGAUUCCACCUCUUCUAGGGGUACUUCAAUACAAUCUUCAACUCGUGGUCCUAGUGGAUCAAUAUCUCAAGGAUCUAAAGUUAAGAACAAAAUCAAGAGUGGAAAAAAAAUAAAAGAUUUACAACUUGAGAUGAUGUCGAAAAUGGCCACGGGGGUUUGUGGAGUUUCAGAGGUUAUGUUGAUGAAACACCAAGCUGAAAAUGAAAGAGCAAGAAAGAUAAUUGAAGAGUUGGGAAAGCUUCAAAGCUUUAAGCAACAAGACCUAGACAAGGCAUGUGACUUUUUAAUGGAGCAUUCUUCCAUCGCUGCAGGUUUUCUUAUGAGAUCUCAUGAGCAAAAGGUAGAAAAGGCUAUAUUUGUAGUUUUCUGA